AGAAAUAAAACCUGAACACCUUCGAUGAUAAUUUCUGUAUUUUUUUGCAGUGUUUUCGCAUAAAGAUAAGAAAAACAUUUAAAUUAAAAGUGGAGCACGCCAUAAGGGGUAUGCAUAUUUACUAUUUAAAUGAACAAAAAAACUGAUUUGGGGGAUAAAAUGGGUCCUUGACUUCUUGUUGUCGUACAUUAUAAAAACCCUGGAAUUUUUUUUAGUUUUCAUAUGUAUACAAGAAAUUGUUUUCAUUUCGUGACUGUAAACUUUGGGAAAAUUGUUAUUUUCUUAAGAAGAUGAUAUUUAUUUUUCUUUUAAUAAUUGUAAUUAAUUUAACGAAUGCUGAGGUAACCAGCAUUCUUCAGGGGAAAUACGAUGGCUAUGGAGUCGAUUGGAUAUUUAUGCCCGAUGGAAAUGAUAAACCGCAGGUGGCAAUUCUCAAGGAAUUGCAAAAUGAGACUCGCGGUAUUUUGGACAUAAAUUCAGCUGUUUCGUAUAUUCUUUACACUAGAGCAAAUCCAGAAAAAGGAACCCCACUAUUUUUGAAUAAUAUGAAGGCAUUGAGGAAUUCAAAUUAUUCACCAUCGAGAAAGACGAAAUUUAUCACUCACGGCUGGAAAUCGAGCGCAUUGAGUGGGAGUCAAGUUGAAAUGAAGAAUGCAUAUUUAGAAAAUGGUGACUAUAAUGUAUUUCUCGUCGAUUGGCAACCUUUGGCAGCGAGUACAUUUUAUCUCGGACCAAUGCGGAAUACAGAGCAAGUUGGACAGAAUGCCGGGCAAUUUAUAGAUUUUCUAAUAAGCGAAACUGGGCUCAGUCCAAGGGACAUUCACUUUAUUGGUCAUUCACUCGGUGCACACGUGGCGGGCAAUGCAGGCAGUGCGACAAAAUUCGGAAGAAUUAGUCGAGUCACAGGACUCGAUCCUGCACUUCCGGGUUUUCAUAUAUUUGCCACCGAAAAAGAACGUCUGGAUCCAUCCGAUGCUAAUUUCGUCGACGUUAUUCAUUCCUGUGGUGGAGUUUUAGGUUUUUUGCAACCAUUAGGUCACAUUGACUUCUAUCCCAAUGCGGGAACAGCAGUGCAACCCGGAUGUUGCUGUAUUCCUGAAUUACUCGAGGCUUGCAGUCACGGAAGAUCGUAUUCGUAUUUCACCGAGAGUAUUAAUACCAGAAAUGGUCUACUCGCUACUCAAUGUGACACAUGGGAUGCGUACGUUAAUAAAAAUUGUGUAAGCAAAUCAACCGUUUUCAUGGGCGAACAUGUCGAUAAAUCAGCCACGGGUUCUUAUUUUUUGAAAACCAGAAGUGAACCUCCUUUCGCAUACUCCGAAGAAAUUGACAAUCAUUUGUAGACUAAAAGAUUUUUUCUCCUAUAUUCAGGGUUGUCACAAGUAUCAGUUUAUCAAUUUCCCAAUUUCCCAUUAAAAUUAUUUUCCCUGACAAAAUUCUUUCUACAGAAAAAUAUGAAAGUUGAAUUUUAGGAAAUUUCUUCUAGAAUUCAAUUAUUUAAAUACAAAAACUCAAUCUUUUUAUAGUAAUUGCAAAUCUCCAUGUUUUCUCUUAAGUUAUUAAGGUAUAUUUUCAAAAAAUUAUAAUAAAAAAAUUAUUACAGCACAAAAAAUUCAAUCCAAAAAAUCCAGACCGAAAAAUCCAAGAAAAAAAGUCCAAAAUAAAAAUGUCCAAAGUCAAAAAAUCCAAAAUAAAUAAAAUCGUCAAAAAUAAAUAAUGAAACAUGUGAAAAAGCAACGUUAUUAUUCUUUACACUAUAAAAUCGGAAUUUAAAAUUAAAAUGUUAAUGUUAAAAUCGCCGGAUUAUAAUUAUUUACAUAAAUAAUAAAAUUCUACACAA